AUGGCCGACCAGCAACACGAGGUCGACCUCGACUCCAUCAUCGACCGACUUCUCGAGGUCCGCGGUAGCCGCCCUGGCAAGCAGGUUCAGCUUCUGGAAGGCGAGAUCCGCUUCCUGUGCACCAAAGCGCGCGAGAUUUUUAUCUCGCAGCCCAUCCUCCUCGAGCUGGAGGCGCCGAUCAAGAUCUGCGGCGAUAUCCACGGGCAGUACUACGAUCUCCUGCGCUUGUUCGAGUAUGGUGGUUUCCCUCCUGAGGCGAACUACCUUUUCCUGGGUGACUACGUCGACCGUGGCAAGCAGUCCCUCGAGACCAUCUGCCUCCUGCUUGCGUACAAGAUCAAGUACCCCGAGAACUUCUUCAUCCUGCGUGGCAACCACGAGUGCGCUUCUAUUAACCGUAUCUACGGUUUCUACGACGAGUGCAAGCGCCGCUAUAACAUCAAGCUGUGGAAGACCUUCACCGACUGCUUCAACUGCCUUCCCAUUGCCGCUAUCAUUGACGAGAAGAUCUUCACCAUGCACGGUGGUCUCAGCCCUGACCUGAACUCCAUGGAGCAGAUCCGGCGUGUUAUGCGCCCCACGGAUAUCCCGGAUUGCGGUCUGCUGUGCGAUCUUCUGUGGUCCGACCCCGACAAGGAUAUCACGGGUUGGAGCGAAAACGACCGCGGUGUCUCGUUCACCUUUGGACCUGACGUCGUGUCGAGGUUUUUGCAGAAGCACGACAUGGACCUGAUCUGUCGUGCUCACCAGGUCGUCGAGGACGGCUACGAGUUCUUCUCGAAGCGCCAGCUCGUCACGCUGUUCAGUGCCCCUAACUACUGCGGCGAGUUCGACAACGCCGGUGCCAUGAUGAGCGUAGACGAGAGCCUGCUCUGCUCGUUCCAGAUCCUCAAGCCGGCCGAGAAGAAGCAGAAGUAUGGCUGA